AUGCUUAGGCUGGCAUCCUUUUCUGUGUUGGCCUUUAUUAUCCUGAAUCUGCAAGAAGGGCACUCCGGUCGACUGCUGCAGGAUGCUCCCAUUUAUUGUGGAGACUUCUGCCUUGCCAAACUGCAACCGAUGAUGGAUUUGAUCACCGAGAACAAUACCAAAUUGGAAAGGCUCCACCGCGAGCAGCAGUCCCAAACCAAACUGGAUGCCCAACUUCUGGCGAUUCAAGAAAAGCUGGAAGAUCAGGCCAUUGCAAAAGAACACUUCGAGGCGCGACUGAACGAAAGGGAAAAAAAACUUAUGAAAAUAAGUUCCGAUAUGAAGAACCAAUUUCAGUUGCUCCUCACCAAAAUGACAGAUCAGCAGACAUCCAUGCAAACCCAAAUGAAUGCCCAACUUCUGGCGUUAAAGAAAGUGCUAGAGGACCAGAAAACAACCCCUGAGCCUCACUCUUCUGAGACGAAUCUAAACAGAACCGAGGGACAACUGCCGAUGACUGAGACAAAAAUAGAAGACCAACCUGAGGUGCUUCAAAAUACAACUGAAAACCAUCAUCUUGUCGAAGCACAUACCACAAUCAAAUCCAAAACCAUCGAUCCUCGGUCUAUGUUCAAUCCCGAACUGAAGAUUGGAGUGCGAACUGCGCAUCAUUAA